AUGGAGCUCAGAGCAAGGAGCAUACUGGAACGCAAGGGCACAUAUCACAGUGGAAAGAAGAACAGGUGAGACAAAAACAAAGAAAAGUAAAAGUACACUAAAUGCCAACCAGCCAUAACCCCUCCCCCUCCCCCUCUCCCCUCCACCCCAGACCCCAGAGAUUCAGGUUCCUAGAAAGGCAGGAGCAGCAGCAGGGGAGCAGAGGGACGGAUGUAGGGAGAGAAGCCCCUGAACCCCCCCAUCAGAGACGAGACACAAACCCACUAAGCCCACCACCCCAUCUCAACAACCUGCCCUUCCCUCGUCUGCACUCCCUGAAACCCUGGGGAGAAGUCUGCCAGCCCCCCGCCACAGUAACCACAGCGCUCUGCCAAGCUCCACUCCAGAACAUCAAGGCAGUGGCACACUCAACUCCACUGUCUGCUUCUCACAGGAUACAAUACACUGAAUGUACAAAACAUUAAGAACACCUGCUUUUUCCAUGACAUACAGUAGACUGACCAGGUAAAUCCAGGUGAAAGCUAUGAUCCCUUAUUGAUAUAACUUGUUAAAACCACUUAAAUCAGUGUAGGUGCACCAGUUUGUGUCAAGAACUGCAACGCUGCUGGGUUUUUCACACUCAACAGUUUCCCGUGUGUAUCAAGAAUGGUCCACAUUGGAGUCAACAUGGGCCAGCAUCCCUGUGAAAUGCUUUAGACACCUUGUAGAGUCCAUGCCCCGACGAAUUGAGGCUGUUCUGAGGGCCUCUGACCUGUUUCAAUCUAAGGUGUCGUGUGCUGAGUCAUACAGUGAUCUCCAAUGUCGUUUUCACUGUCAAUGAACAUCAGCGAUAACACACAGUUAUUUUGGCCAUCUCUAACCGGUGCCCCCGCACAUUGACUCUGUACCGGUACCCUCUGUACAUAGCCUCCCUACUGUUCUUUUAUUUUACUGCUGCUCUUUAAUUAUUUUGUAUUUAUCUUUUUUUUACUUCACACUUUUUUUCUUAAAACUGCAUUGUUGGUUAAGGGCUGUAAGUAAGCAUUUCACUGUAAGGUUCUACACCUGUUGUAUUCAGCACAUGUGGCAAAUACAAUUUGAUUUGAUUUGAUCUCACCUCUUUACUUCACUUGUUUAGUCAAAUCUGGUCAUCUUCUAGCAGCUCUUUUCACCUUUGUUCUAGUGUGGGAGAGUGUUUCUAUUUCUGUGCUGGAGAUCACUUAAAUUACCACAGUCACACGAAGAGAGUUGUGUGGGUUGCGUAUUAUACACACACACCACACUGCAUAGACACCAGUGAUGUGUGUGUCAAUAACCUCCGAUAGCAAGAUGACGUGGUUAAAGUAAAGGUUCCUGUUUUUAUUUGAGACUUUGGUAUUUAAACACAAUGAAGUGACCUUAAUGUACACACUUGCCUACAGUCAGACUGUUGCUAGCGGUAUCUCCAAGUUACCUGUGACUUAGUCGCAUAGAACAUUGACUCUCAGACCAAGAUGGAUAGGUUUGGAUGUGUGCUUGGUCCUUCCUAGUGCACGGUAGCAGGAGCAGUCCUCUCUAGAGGUAAGACAACAGGCAAGAUGCAAACAACAAGCUGAACAUCAAGCACAGGUUUCCAUUACAGAAGUUGGUUACCAGUUGGGAAUAUCAAAUUUUUCCAUUUUGUAUUCUCAAUCAAUCAAAAACUAAAACAAAGGAAAAACAGUUUAUCUAGCUGAUAGACUAUUUCUGAUUAUAAAAUAUUUGGCGUAGAUUAGAAUAAAUCUUGAAAAAGGACCAAUAAUAUGCAUCAUUGUCACAUAAUGUAUUAUGUGUGUUAGAGUGAAAUUAAUGUUACAGUAUGAGUUUAAUAGAUGUAGUUGUUUUAUUUCUAGCCUUUAGCUAAAUGCUUUGAAUUGUACGCUGAGAGGUUGAAUUCACUGUAAAGGUUGCCUGGUCAGUUUUCUGUUGCGCUUUCCCACAAUCCUUUGUUCAGCAACUGUUUCAAAAUCAAACCAAAUCAAUUGUUUUCUCUCAUGUCAUCAAGUAACGGAGGGUUAAGAAAAGGGGAUGUUACUGACACCAAAGAGAGAACAACCACUACACAUUCAACUGUGCAUUCAAGUGGUAAGUUAAACAAUUCUGCCUCUCUCUACCAGAUUUCAACUUUAUAAUAUGAGAUUGGUGUUUCAUCUUUUGCAUUAUUUGUAUUGAAUUUGAGGAUCAAUUCAGUACAGAUAUAAAUCAUUUUAAUAAAUUUAACUGAUGAGCACAAAAAAAUAUUAGAUAUUUUUAGGAUUGGUCUUGACUGAAAAUGGACCAAAAUAGGCUAUUGUUUUUGAAAAAGGUUGUGUCGUUUAUGAAUGUACAGCUAGGUGAUUAAUGGUCAAAAAUAUAUAUAUUCAGAUAAUGUGUAGAAUUGUGAAUAUCAUUAGGAGAAUUGCAAAGGAAAUAUGUUGCAUUUGUAAUUUGAUUGCAUUGUAUGGUAGGAUUGUAUGCUAUUUGAUGAAUGAUUUGGUUACAUAUGUUAUAUUUAGACCCUUUUGAAAUAUUAUAGAGAUGUGGAUCUAUUUAGUAAAAAGCUCAAAAUUAUUUAUUUAUCACAACAGAUCGUGAGAUUUCAGUUUGAAUUGCUUGACUUUAAAACAAUGGCAGAGUAGGGUAGUCCUCAGAGAAAGACCUGCUUUUGAAAAGUUUUUUUAAAAACAGUUUGCAGGUGGCAUUUCUAACCCAACCCACAAGCUUUGGCAUUUUAACUGAAUAUUUAUCAACAGGUGUGUGUUUAACAUUUACAUUAGAAGAUAAGGAAUACUAAUACAGAGCAACAUGAGUGACAUUACAGCUUACUAUAAGUGCGAUGUGUGUAAAUGUGCGGCAAUCUGUAAUUGUAUAUUUUCACAGAGUAAUUUUUUUAAUUGUUUUUUUCACAAAUUUGGUGAAUGACUGUUACAUUACGUGGAAAAUAAAUUAAUGAAUGUUAAUGUUAUCAAAAAAUUUAUUAUCUCUAAUAUCGUUAUCUCUUACAGUAGAAACAUCUUUAUACAGUAUAUCAAAACUAUUUUAUGUGCGUUACUUAAUUGCAGCAAUAUGUCAUUACGAUCCAAACACAUGUCACAUUCUCCAGAAAUUCUGUAAGUGAGGUGAAUGAUUCUGUGGAUAAAUACACUGAGUGUACAAAACAUUAAGAACACCUGCUCUUUCCAUGACAGACUGACCAGGUGAAUCCAGGUGAAAGCUAUGAUUCCUUAUUGGUGUCACUUGUUAAACCCACUUUAAAUCAGUGUAGAUGAAGGGGAGGAGACAGGUUAAAGAAGGAUCUUUAAGCCUUGAGACAAUUGAGACAUGGAUUGUGUAUGUGUGCCAUUCAGAGAGUGAAUGGGCAAGACAAAAUAUUUAAGUGCCUUUGAACAUGGUAUGGUAGUAGGUGCCAGGCGCACCGGUUGUGUCAAGUACUGCAACGCUGCUGGGUUUUUCACACUCAACAGUUUCCCGUGUGUAUAAACAUGGGCCACCCCCCAAAGGACACAACUGUGGGAAGCAUUGGAGUCAACAUGGGCCAGCAUCCCUGUGGAACGCUUUUUACACCUUAUAGAGUCCAUGCCCUGAGGAAUUGAGGCUGUACUGAAAGGUGUUCCUAACGUUUGGUAUACUCAAUGUAUGUCUUUAGGGCAUUGGUAUUUGUAGAAAAUGAAAUGAAAAAUCUACAAAUAAUAUAAGUUAGGUGUUGUUCUUUAAUAAAGAGGAACACUUUGUCAAAGAAUCUGUCAUUAAGUUGUGAGUGAAUUUCAAAUGACUCCUCGUCUUGUCUCUUGUCUGUUCUGUAGGUAUUUAUCUCGCUCACACUCUCCACCUUCCCCUUGCCUCAGCUCUGUCAUGCCUCGCUCAUUCCUGGUCAAGAGUAAGAGACCAGGGUCUCAUCCCCCUUGCUUCUCUAAAGGCACCAAACACACAAACCCUGACCAGCCACAACCUCAUACAAAUCAUCACGACAGGCAGAACAGGGCGUGGCAGGAAGUAAGGUCCCCACAUCAGAGCCCCUUCCAGGAGGCCCAGGACAACCUGUGCUCAGGGUCAGAGGUCAAAGACACCCUGGACUACCCCUGCCCUAGCUGGGACACCAUGGCAACCAGACCACACAGCACCUCGCCAGCUGACCUCUGGACCAGCUGGUCUGCAGGUGCCCAACUGAUCCUGACUUUAUGGCACUACACUGUCUAUUUAUUGUAAAUAAGAAAUACAGUGAGGGAAAAAAGUAUUUGAUCCCCUGCUGAUUUUGUACGUUUGCCCACUGACAAAGAAAUUAUCAGUCUAUAAUUUUAAUGGUAGGUUUAUUUGAACAGUGAGAGACAGAAUAACAACAACAAAAUCCAGAAAGACGCAUGUCAAAAAUGUUAUAAAAUUGAUUUGCAUUUUAAUGAGGGAAAUAAGUAUUUGACCCCCUCUCAAUCAGAAAGAUUUCUGGCUCCAAGUUGUCUUUUAUACAGGUAACGAGCUGAGAUUAGGAGCACACUCUUAAAGGGAGUGCUCCUAAUCUCAGCUUGUUACCUGUAUAAAAGACACCUGUCCACAGAAGCAAUCAAUCAAUCAGAUUCCAAACUCUCCACCAUGGCCAAGACCAAAGAGCUCUCCAAGGAUGUCAGGGACAAGAUUGUAGACCUACACAAGGCUGGAAUGGGAUACAAGACCAUCGCCAAGCAGCUUGGUGAGAAGGUGACAACAGUUGGUGCGAUUAUUCGCAAAUGGAAGAAACACAAAAGAACUGUCAAUCUCCCUCGGCCUGGGGCUCCAUGCAAGAUCUCACCUCGUGGAGUUGCAAUGAUCAUGAGAACGGUGAGGAAUCAGCCCAGAACUACACGGGAGGAUCUUGUCAAUGAUCUAAAGGCAGCUGGGACCAUAGUCACCAAGAAAACAAUUGGUAACACACUACGCCUUGAAGGACUGAAAUCCUGCAGCACCCACAAGGUCCCCCUGCUCAUGAAAGCACAUAUACAGGGCAGUCUGAAGUUUGCCAAUGAACAUCUGAAUGAUUCAGAGGAGAACUGGGUGAAAGUGUUGUGGUCAGAUGAGACCAAAAUCGAGCUCUUUGGCAUCAACUCAACUCGCUGUGUUUGGAGGAGGUGGAAUGCUGCCUAUGACCCCAAGAACAUCAUCCCCACCGUCAAACAUGGAGGUGGAAACAUUAUGCUUUGGGGGUGUUUUUCUGCUAAGGGGACAGGACAACUUCACCGCAUCAAAGGGAUGAUGGACGGGGCCAAAUCUUGGGUGAGAACCUUCUUCCCUCAGCCAGGGCAUUGAAAAUGGGUCGUGGAUGGGUUUUCCAGCAUGACAAUGACCCAAAACACACGGCCAAGGCAACAAAGGAGUGGCUCAAGAAGAAGCACAUUAAGGUCCUGGAGUGGCCUAGCCAGUCUCCAGAUCUUAAUCCCAUAGAAAAUCUGUGGAGGGAGCUGAAGGUUCAAGUUGCCAAACGUCAGCCUCGAAACCUUAAUGACUUGGAGAAGAUCUGCAAAGAGGAGUGGAACAAAAUCCCUCCUGAGAUGUGUGCAAAUCUGGUGGCCAACUACAAGAAACGUCUGACCUCUGUGAUUGCCAACAAGGGUUUUGCCACCAAGUACUAAGUCAUGUUUUGCAGAGGGGUCAAAUACUUAUUACCCUCAUUAAAAUGCAAAUCAAUUUAUAACAUUUUUGACAUGCGUUUUUCUGGAUUUUGUUGUUGUUAUUCUGUCUCUCACUGUUCAAAUAAACCUACCAUUAAAAUUACAGACUGAUCAUGUCUUUGUCAGUGGGAAAACGUACAAAAUCAGCAGGGGAUCAAAUACUUUUUUCCCUCACUGUAAGUAGAUAUAGAUAUUUGUAUUUAUUUGUAUUCCAUUGUGUGAAACACUUCAAAUUGCCUACAUUUGAUUGUCAUAACUAUCUUUAUCAAAUCUAAUUAUCAACUAUCUAUUUCAAACUCAAUCUACUGGUAUGUCACUUACUCCACAGAAACCCCAGGGUAUGAUGGUGUGGAGCCUUCAGAGUCUGCCCUGCUCUGGUCCCUACAAUGGCCCCGGGGCCCUGACAGAGAGAGGGAGCUGGAGAAACUGGUCCAUGUCUUACUGAGCCACAGGCCACAUAUGGACCACAACUCCACCAGCCCAUGCCCCCUCUGUGAAAAGGUAAGAGGAACCAGCAAGGGUCAGGAAUGACAAUUUAAUCAGAACACCACGUCCGCCCUUAUUGGGUGUAUCGACCAAAGGUGUGUGGUUCCAAACCAUGCAAACCACUUCAGGCAUGACCAAAAUAGAAUAAAUGAGAUACUGUUUGGUGUUUGUGACCUGAGACAAGAGUGACAGUAGAGUGGUGGAAAUUGUACUUGACAGGGCUCUGUGACAUGUCAGAAAAUGACAUAACAGCAGAUUUGUUUGGUGUGAGAAUAGAGGCUGUGAGGGGUAAUUGUGUUGAAUAUGGCUGACAUCUCUGGGAGUAUGAGGUACAUCUGAUGUUACUCUUAGCUUUCACUUUUUCUCAGGUCUUGUCCUCAGGAGCUGUACUGAAGACUCAUUUACACAGGUCACAUGACAACGUGCAUGCAGUCCCAUUGGCCACGUCAGCCAAAGCCAGAGAGCACCCCUACAGGUUCAGACAAGCUCUGGGCAUGUACGGAAGACCAAAGGUAUAUCUAGCAGAAGUACAUUGGUGGAGGUCUCUCCACUUCCCAACACAAACUAUAAAAAAAUAAAAAAACGAAAUGGCAAAAUCCUAACCACAUCUCUGUGAAUGUGUGUGUUCCAGGAGCGUAGCUAUAGCUGUAAGGUUUGUGGGAAGGUGUUCAAGCGCUCCUCCACCCUGACCACCCACCUGCUCAUCCACUCUGACAUCAGGCCCUACCCCUGCCAGUACUGUGGCAAGAGGUUCCACCAGAAGUCUGACAUGAAGAAACACACCUUCAUACACACAGGUGCGGGGAGGUACACUGGAAGGACGCAUACACAAAUGAGCAUUGUGUGUUGAACAUAGGUCAGCAGGUGUGCGUACAUUAUAGUACAACUUACACAUUGUGCAAAGGUUGCUUCCAUCUGGAUGUUAGGAUUCUGCCCCACACUGGCUGCUCUCAGAGUAUCUCUCUUCUUGAAUUCCAUGUCACGUCUUGCUGUCUGUCCCUGUCGGUCUCAGGUGAGAAGCCCCACGUAUGCCAGGUGUGUGGCAAGGCCUUCAGCCAGAGCUCCAACCUCAUCACCCACAGCCGUAAGCACAGCAGCUACAGGCCCUUCAGCUGCACACACUGCCAACGCAGCUUCCAGCGCAGACUGGACCUACAGCACCACCAGGAGACCCAGUGUGUCUACAGCAGCAUGUACUCACAGAGCUGA